GCAACGUGCUCGACUCUCGAUAGUAUUCGGCUGAAGAGCCAGCGUUUAUUUAUAUACAAAAAAGACCAUAAAGCCAGGCUUAGCAGUGAUUGUGCCGAACAGUGCGAUGCACCCUGGACUCUCAUUCAGGAUCAUCGGUGAGCACCUCUGAAGAAAAGAUAUUGGAAGUACAGCACAUUUCAUGAGCAACGAAUGUAGAGACUGUGUAGUGCAAGUGAACUCUGCUUUUGUAAAUGGAAACGAUGGAAUAAGCUGAAGGACAGGAGGGCAUGGACGUGGAAUAAAGGAUACCUCGGAGGCAGGGCAAGGACUUUGGAUGUUCUGCCAAAUCUAAUAUCUGCCUCUCUGUGGAAGUGGUGCUGAUAAUGCUCUAACCCAAUGCUCAGCAGAGAUAUGGUGCGGAAAAAGAAUCCCCCUUUGAGAAGUUUUGGUGGCGAGGAAGAAGAAGGCGAAGCAGCCAUGGUAGCCGAGGCUGCAGGUCCAGAGAGAGGCGAAACUGCAGGCAGUGAGGCCUCAAUUCCAGAGGAGCGCUCAGAGCCUGGCUCCCCAGGCCCCACCAGACCAGACAUGCCUGGUUUUCAUUAUCAGCAGGCAGGAAAUACAGACGCCUCCCCAACACAUUCAGAUCCAGGCCAAAGUCCUAAUGGUGAGGGUGAAGCCAUCAGCGGUGCAGUGGAGGCCCAAAGACAUUCGUCAUCGUGCAGGGAGCCAGAGACUUGUGUCACUGUGCAGAGCUUUACCAGCAACGGCGAGGAAAGAGAGCCUACCCACAGCCCUUUGGUGCCGCCAGGUUCUGAAAGCCUCCACGCCGAGGGGGAGGAGGGUUCUGAGCCCACUCGAGCCCCUGUUCACCCGCUCCAUACACAAAAGCCCAGCGACGAGGCCUCCAGCCCUCCGAGAGCUGAGAGUGGGGCUCCCCCACCUUCCUCUUCUUCCUCCACCUCCUCCUCACCCAAGCUGCAAGACUUUAAGUGCAACAUCUGUGGGUACGGCUACUACGGCAACGACCCGGCCGACCUGAUCAAGCACUUCCGCAAGUACCACCUGGGCUUGCACAACCGCACGCGGCAUGACGCCGAGCUCGACAGCAGGAUCCUCGCACUGCAUAACAUGCCUCAGUUUCAGAACCAGGCCAGAGAUGGCAGCAGGACUCCAGCCAUCACUGCUGAACCAGGUUCACCCAGAGCUUUGACACUCAAUGGAACCUAUGAUGUUCAGGUGACAUUAGCAGGGACCUUUAUCGGCAUUGGCAGAAAGACGCCGGACUGCCAGGGUAACACCAAGUACUUUCGCUGCAAGUUCUGCAACUUCACCUAUAUGGGGAGUUCAUCAGUGGAGCUGGAACAGCACUUCCUGGCUGCCCACCCAAAUAAAAUGAAGAAUCCAUCGCUGGCCACUGUCAAUGCUGAAGACAAAGUUCUGGAGACGAAGGGCAACUGUGCACCCUGGGCAGGAAUUGAGGAACAGGGCACGUGGGCUGAGCGGGUGGCAGUCAGAGCAGAGGAUGACUCUGUGGCCGGGUAUUCGGUGCCAGUCCGACCCGUGGGCACUGACAUUCCAGCAGCAUAUUACUGGUGCAAAUACUGUAGCUUCAGUUGUGAGGCGUCCAGCUCCUCCAAACUGCUGGAGCACUACGAAAAGAGGCACUGCCAAGUCACAGGGCCAGAGAGCAGCCCUGGUGAAAGGGAGCGAAAGACCAGAGAUGGAGAGAGAGGAGAUACAAAUUCAAGGAGGAAAGAAAACCAGAGUGGCAAGGCAGGCGCAGGCACGGACUCUGAGACGGUAGUGACCAGCUACAAUUGCCAGUUCUGUGACUUCCGCUACUCCAUGAAUCACGGGCCGGACGUAAUCGUGGUGGCACCAUUGCUGCGCCAUUACCAGCGGGCGCACAGCAUUCACAAGUGUGCCAUAAAACAUUGCCCGCUGUGCCCACGUGGCCUUUGCACACCUGACAAACAUCUGGGUGACGUCUCAUACCCAUUCGCCUGCCGUAGGAGCUCAUGCCCACAUUGUGCACUGCUUCUGCUUCAGCUGACGCCUGCAGGCGGUGCUACACCAGCACCUAGGGCCACUGUCACCCACCUGUGUGAUCAAUGUGCCUUCACCUCAACUGAUGUGGACUUGCUACUGCUGCACUACGACAGUGCCCACGCUCCUCGUACCCUUUUGGAAGCCAAGGCUGAGGAGGAGGCAGCUGGUGAAGGAGGGGGGCAAGGCCAGCACACAGAGUACAACUGCACCAAGUGCCACUUCUUCACUGAGGUGGAGGAGGAAUUUUUUCGUCACUACAGGAGGGUUCAUGGUUGCUGUCGGUGUCGCCAUUGCAGCUUCACAGCUGCCGACACCACGGCCCUGUUGGACCACUUCAACUCGGUGCACUGCCAGGACUCUGUUGAUCCGAGAACCACCCCCAGUAAUGGCUGUUCUGCCCCUUCCACCCUUCGCAUUAAGGAAGAGAGUAAAGGUGACUUGAAGAUCUACAGUCUGGUUCCCCCGGAAGCUAGACCGGCAGAGGUCGUCAAGACGGAGACCCCUGACGACAAAGAGAAGGAAAAGGCCUGGUCUGGGGCUCGAGCAGGGACAGAGCAGCAGGUCCAGGGCAUGCUUUGGGUACCCAAGGAGCGAGUGGCAGAGGUGCUGAGGGGAAGUCCCUCUCCAUUCCCUCAUGCUCCACUGGGGCUGAGUGCCUCGUCAGGGCCACAGGAGCAGCAGCAGAAAGGUGCCACCAUGCUGAGAGACUCGCCAGGGCUGGUGUUCAGCCUGAGCACUGAUGCCAAGGGCUAUCUUCAGGGGACACAAGUGGGCACGCCAGUUGAGAAGCCAGGGCAGCAGUACCCUGGUUCUACAGAAGGCAAGAGUUCCAAGGAGGAGUCCCAGUCACUCCUGCGGGUACCUUUGCUAUUACUAUAGCAACAAGCUGGCUACAGGAGCAAAAGGAACUACAGACAACUCCUUUUUGGAUUAAAAAAUCUCAGCACCAAAAUACAAAUACAAAAAGAAAUCCAAAAGUGUACCUUAGUUUGUGUUAUUUAGAAUUGAUGUGUUGUUCCAUUAGGAAUAUAAAGAAACAAAAAUUAGGACAAAAGCUCAGCCUUACAAAUAGAUCACACAAGUUCUGUUUUAGGCCAGAGUUCAAAACACAUGAAAUACCUGCCCACGAGGCUCUGCAGACAGAUAUUAUUGCAGCUGGCACAGCUUGUCAAAAAGUUAGCAAUAACAGAUUAAAUAGGCAGGUA